AUGAAUACACUUGAAUUAGAAAAUAUCAACAAUAACUUAAACACGUCUUCGGGAUCUCAUAUCAGCGUCUGUAGAACUUGCCUGUCCAUAGCAACUGAAAAAAAUAUGAGUGAUUUACCUGAUGGUUUAUGCGAGGAUACUAAAUCUUAUUUCGAUAUUAUGAUGUUUUGCUUAAAUUUACAGAUCACACCAGAUUCAAAAAUCACAACAAAACUUUGUUUUCAAUGUUAUUCAAACAUUAUAUCAUAUUAUAGAUUUAAGUCAUUAGCAUUAGAGAGCGAUAAAUACUUAAGAUGUCUUGACCAAAAUAGAGAUAGCAAAAAUGAUGUUCUUGCAACAGAUGAUAUUAAAUCAGAAGAGUCUUACAACAGUUCUAACGAACAGCAAAGUAAUAUUGAGAUGGAGGUAGAUUUUGAAGUUAAAGAAGAAAAUGACACGGAAGAGUUGCAGUCUGAUGACGAACUGUUAAGUGUCAUACAAAGAAUAAAAUAUGAAAAUGUUAAAGAUGAGGAAUCUAAAGAAAACGAGGCUAAGCCUAUAAAACCAAAAAAAUUAAAGAAGCUCAAGAAAAAACAAAAAUUAACACAUCAAGUAUGUGAAGAGUGUGGUAGAACAGUUCGUAAUCUGAAGGAACAUAUGUACCUUCAUCAGCCACUGCUUACUAGGAAGAGAUAUAAAUGUAAAGUGUGUGAGAAAAUGUUCUCAAGUUGCAGCGCCAGGUACAAACAUAAUAAAACAAAACACUUGGGCAUCAAACAACACUGUAAUGAAUGUAAUAAAGAUGUAGUAAGUCUCUCGACACACAGAAUGGUAAUUCACAAUACAGCCUCACUACCAUAUGAGUGUGUAUCAUGCGGUCGGAGAUUCAUAUCUCGGUCAUUGAGAGACCACCAUAUGUUGACACACACUAAAAAUAGACCACAUCCCUGUAAUCAGUGUGAGAAAACAUUUAAAAGUAAUUAUACCAUGAUGCAGCACAGACGACAAGUUCAUGAUAAGGAAAAAUCACAUCUCUGCCAGUUUUGCUCGAAGAGGUUUUUUAAGAAAUAUCAUCUACAGGUACAUUUGAGAAGUCAUUCAAAAGAAAAGCCAUAUGAAUGUCCGGACUGUGGUAAAUUCUUCUCUACAACUUCUGUAUUGAAAGACCAUAGACUAAUACAUAGUGAAGUGAAGAUGUUCGCGUGUCAAGUGUGUGAUAUGACGUUUUCUAAACCUGGGUAUUUAAAAAAUCACAUGAUAAGCCACACAAAGGAGAAGAAACAUGCCUGUAAGUACUGCGGAGUGCGUUUUGGCCGAUCGGACCAUUGUUUGAGGCAUCAAAGGACCGCUCAUGAAAAAGUCAUUACGAAUACAGCCUGA